AUGUCUUCCUUAUAUGUUAAUGAAACAAUUCCAGAGAAGGGCAUAUCUUUUAUCGAAUCUGAAAGGACACGUCAGAAUUCUGCAUUCCUAACGCCGUACGUGUUUUACGAAGCGUUUUUAUUUGUCAUUGGGGCUAUAGGAAAUACUCUCAUUAUAGGAACGUUUGUGGUUGUGAAAUCCAUGCGAACUUUACCAAAUGCCUUUGUUCUCAGCUUAGCCAUUGCGGACUUGAUGGUCACCUCUGUAUUACAACCUCUCAUGAUGGUCGGAGCAUUAAUGGGUGAACGAUUUGUCGUAGAGACGCAGGGCCUCUGUACUUUUUUCGCCUAUAUCUGCAUACAGAGUUGCCUUUCAUCGGCAUGGAACAUCAUGCUGAUCAGUCUCAAUAGGUUCAUCUGUAUCUGUAAAAACAGCUGGUACUCGAAGAUCUACUCGAAAAAAUCAGUUGCAUUAAUGAUAGCAAUUGCCUGGUUUUAUGGAUUUGUAGGGAACUUUUUACUGUGGGUAGGAUGGACUGAUAUCGCGUUUCUGCGGAAGGAAUUCACUUGUAUGUGGGACAGUCACAAAAACUUCAGUUACGUUAUAUUUGUUUCCGUAGUAACUGUUCUCAUACCUGUCGGUUUAACUGCUGUGGCAUAUUUCAUGAUUUUUCUUAAAGUGCGAGAAUCCAAGAAGAAAAUCCAGGCAUUUAGCAAGAAAACUGAGAAGAAGCAAGGUACACGCAAUGAUAUCAGAUUAGCUCGUAUGUUGUUCAUUAUGUUCACUGUGUAUUGCAUUUUGUGUGCACCUUAUGCGUUAAUCCUCACAUUUGAUAUCAAUGAUAAAGCUCCAUAUCAACUAUAUGCUAUAUUCAUACAUAUGUUUCACACCAAUAGUGCAGUGAAUUUCAUCAUUUACGGCCUCACCAACAAAAGCUACACGAAAGGUUAUUCAUUGUUCUCCAAGUAUCUACUGAUUAAGAUGACCUGUGGAGCAUACAAACCAAGGCAAAAUGUGGAGGAUGACAUAGACAAGAGUAACAUGACACAAACUGUUACUAUGGCAACUUAGUAAGGUCUGGUAUGAUGAUAAGAAAUUAAACUUCAAGAUAUAAACAAUUGGAUGAAAAAACAAUAAGACUGCCUUUUAGUUUAUUUAUUAACCGUGAUAAAUACAAUACAUAUAUGGAUACUAGUAUAUUAAAUGUUCCGAAAAAUUGAACAAUGAGCGCCAGCAAAUCUACCCUGCGCACAGAGUCUAGUUAUAAAGAUGAAGCUCUCUUUUAAGAAGCGAAGUCGAACGAUUGCAAAGGGUAUAGCAUAUCUUAUCUUCUCGUCCCUUUAUAACUCAAAGGUUUCAUAUCCAAAAAUAAUUAAUCCAUUUUACUUAUAAAAUGUUAUCAUAGUAUUGGUACUUCUUCAUAUUUUGAGGGCAGAACGAAGUCAACGAGCAGAUCAUGUUUUACGGAAAUCUUAAUUUCAUUCACGACGUUAUGUGCGCAUUGGCUCGUUUCCGAAAUUCUCUGCCUCGACAACAAGCAUAUCUGGAAAUUUGAAACGAAGCCUGAAACGAUUUAUCUGG